AAUGUAUGCAUAGGCCAGAUUUAUACUUCUCUCCACCCAAACAUCUCAGUGUAGUAAAAAGUAACAGAACAACAUUGCCGCCAACAUAUCUCGCCUCCAGCCACAGGGCGGUUUUCUCCUAUCUCAAAAUAAAACGAAUGUACAAUCGGGUUUUACACCGAGACACUCCGUUCCCAGGGGCAUACAAGAGAUGGAGGCCUUCCUCUUACUAAUCCUCCUCAACACAGACCCUUUAUGGGUGUCGGACUGGAAGACGGUCAGGUCUUUCCCUUCCCAUGAGGCCGUAUCUCAGACCGUCUCAGUGGGGAAAAACCUUGGACAAUACCCAGACUUUCUUGGGCAGAGGUCCCUGUGGCUUUCCGCAGUGUAUUGUGCCCCUGGUUAAUCAAAAAUGAAAAAUGACAAUAAUUUUUACCAAAAAUACUGCCCGUAAACAUAUUAUUAAUAAAACACAUUCUACACAGCCCUAGAUCCCUUAAACCUUAAUUCUAUACAACACGUGUUUCUGUAAACACAGGGUUGAAACUAAAGUUACAAAUGAACAUCUCAAAACAAUUAUUCAGGGUACAAAUCAAAAUGAGGUUUCUUAUGUCUUCCUUUUCUACAUAGACACAGUAACAGUCUGAUCUCUCUUUCUUUUCCCUACAGACACCAGGCUUCCCUUCCCCUGGAGCAGCCAGACCUUCUGUGGUAUCUUGAGCAAGCCCCUGGUCCUGUCUGGGCCUCUGCAGACUCAAGGUCUGGUGCCUGACUCACACCCUGUUGUCAUAUCCUGCCAUCUGGCCCCACAUGGAGUCCUGCAGGGGACUCUCAGACCCAGGCGUGAGCACUGGCUCAGGCCCCUCUCAGAGGUCUGGCGGCCCAGCAUCCGCCCACGGGCCUCCUCUCCCCCUCCUUUUCUCCAGGCUCCUGCCUCUGCCACAGUUCCCUGGAGGUGGCCUCUAGCCUGGCCCAGGGGCUCACACACUCCUGAAGGAGGCAGGGCCAGACUCAGGCAAGGCCUUGGAGGACACAUCCCAGUGGGCAGGGCCCAGCACUCUUGGGGUGGAACUACAGGGAGGAGAGGCAGGGCAAUUGAGGCUUGAGGUGCCUGGCCUCACCCAAGGUGACCAGCCUGCUCCUUUUCCUCAGUCUCAGAUGGAGCAGAGGACGGAGGUGGGGAAGAGAGGCCAGGGAGACAGUAGGGCUUGGUUAUGGAUGAUGGGGGGUCCUUGUGUGAUACAAUUAGGCGUUGUGUCUCCACCCAAAUCUCAUCUUGAAUUAUCCCCAUUUUCCCCACCUGUCAAGGGAGAGACCAGGUGGACGUAAUUGGUGGAUCAUGGGAACGGUUUCCCCCAUGCUGUUCUCGUGACAGUGAGUGAGUUCUCAUGAGAUCUGAUGGUUUUAUAAGGGGCUCUUCCUACUUGUUCAGCACUUUUCCUUCCUGCCACCUCGUGAAGUUUCCUUGCUUCCCCUUCACCUUCCGCUGUGAUUGUAAGUUUCCUGACACCUCCUCAGACAUGCUGAACUGUGAGUCAAUUAAACCUUUUUCUUUUACAAGCUAUCCAGUCUCGUGCAGUUCUUUAUAGCAGUAUGAAAACAGACUAAUACACUGUCCCUGCUGAGGGCUGCCCGGCUGGGCUCUCCCUGCAUUGGCACCUGGGUUGCCAGUAGCACAUUAUUUGGUCUAACAGUUUUUGUUAAUCAUUCUGCAACUGAGCUUAUCUAAUACAUUGAUAAAUUAUUUCAAAGGUAUUUUUAUAGUUCCAGUCACUUCACUUUUACCCUGACACAUAUAAAUGACUAGGAAUGACCUUCAGAUAGCGUUUAGCAUCUGUAACCAAUCUGACAAUAAUGUGUUCAUCAGGUACCUGUGGAUUAAAUCACAUACUGGCAUAUUUAAACUGAAUGUCAGUCUGAAAAAUAAAUGUACUAUAUUAACUCAAAUACCACUCUUUGUGUAGGUAUUUUGUCAUAUGUUUAAGAAAAAGCUAAAAAGAAUGGAAAUCCUAUGACAAUAACUUAAGUCUUUCUUCAAAGUGCAUGCAGUCUUUUGCAGUACCUCAUUCAGCCAAGUAUUUGUUCUCUUAUUCAGUAUAAGGCAGCUUUCAAUUUGCUUGGAAGGCAACAUUAGAAGGUUAGAGUUCAGCAGGAAUAUAGAAUUUUAAAAUGUGACUUCAACUGAAUAAAUUUGAAUUUCUCUAGGGAGUAAAGAAUCAAAAUACCUACUUAAAGACAGCAAUAUGUGAUAAUUAUUUUUAAAGUAAUUAUGAUUAAACCUGGUAGGUUUUCCCGAAAUGAAAAAAAAAAAAGUUCUAAAACCAAAGCUGAUUUUUAGAAAAUGUGAAAAUAUAAAUCAACCCUAUCCAUAAUAGAUUCUCUAAAACUUUAUCUUACAGUCACUUUCAAGUAACUAUUCAAAAAUGUAACUGCUAUAUUAACGUCUUAAAAUAAUUUAAAACAUUUUAAAAUAUGAAUGCUGUAGUUUAAAACAAAGAAUCUAGGGGAAGGAAAAGUAGACAAAGAAUGCCAAUUCCAGUCCAAAGCUGUAUUUGCCAAGUUUUCUUAGAAUGACUUUUACCGAUCUAUGAAUUCUUAUAAACAGAAUGCAUAAUGGAAAUACUGAUUUUUGUCUAAAGUGGCAUUAUUGACUGCUUCUGUGAUGCUACUGUAAUGUAAUACAUUAUUAAAUUGUUUCAAGGUGCUGUUUUGCCUAAAAAUUUUGUGUGUCUUGAAAACUAUAGUAUUAAAGGUAUUGAGACUGUGCAAAUGCUGGGCAUGCUUAGCAUGAGAUAAUCGGUUUUUAUUCUUACAAAAUUGUAACUAUGUAAGUGUGUUUAUUAAAAGAACACAAACUAAAAAAGUUACAGGAAUUAAAGUUGUGGGAUGAAAAAGUUACGGGAUAAAAAAUACUGUGGAAAAUUCGCAAAAAAAAGUUGUGGAAAAAAAGUAAAAAAAAAAGUUUUAUGAAAAGUUAUUUUAAAAAGUUAUGAAAAAGAAGUUACAGGAUUUAAAAAAAAGUCAUGGGAUAAAAAUAAAAAUAAAUAAAAGCAGGCCCCUGUCAGCAUAAGCCUGGAGAAGUGGGUCUGGAGUCUUCACCCCCACCAUGUCCCUACAACCCCUCCCCAGUCAGCCCUUUACCAUUAGGGUAGCGAGACCAGACCCUUGUCUAAUGGAGGGAGACAAACAGACCCUUUACCACCUUGACCAAGGCUGAGUCCUUACAUUUCUGGAUGAUGAUGUUAUUUAAGAGCCAGAGGUUGGUGGAGUUGGUUUGUUUGGAGGAGGUCUGACGGCCUCCUUACUCUCACCAAAGCAACUUUUCCCUCAGGGGGGCUCCCAUCUUCUUACUCAGAGAGGCAGCUGAGGCGGGACAGUGGAGUUAACUGUAGACCAGGCCAGGGCACAGGCUGCUGGGGGUGGCCCCCCUUCCCCCGUGUACAUACUGUAGCUGUGUAACAUUCUGUAUCGUACCUAGCGGAGGUUGCAGCUGGCAUAUGAGGAAGAGGUUCUUAUAAUUAUUCGCGGCUGGGAAACUUAUUUAUUGCUAGCAUAGGAGCGAGGAAGGAGGCGGGGAUGGGGUCAUGGCUCCCUGGUGAUGGGACUCCUGUUUUUUGUUUGUUGUUGUUGUUUGGCUUUUGAUUUUGGAAUAAAUGGAUUUAGCCAUACUGCUCGGCCUGUUAUGUUCCCGUUUCCCUCACUGGGUCCUGCAGUUUGUCCCACUCAACGAGGAGCCCCAGAGUGUCUCAGCAUGUCCAGCUGGGCUGUGGGGAAUCUUCCAGGCCUGUUACCUGUAUGCUGCCUGGUGACACCUGGUGGAUUUCACGGGGACUGCCAUGGCACCUACGGAGUACAGUCCGGCCCUGACAGUCAACAGGUUGAGAAGCCUGAUCUAGCUGUGGCCAGGGAGACAGAUACCAGCACCCAAGGGCACUGACUUCCAUCCACCCCAGGUGUCUUCCGUUCCAUCCCCUGCCUCCCGUUCCUGUCUGCACCAGGUGGCCUGUCUGUCCCUCCAGAGUGCCGGCUGCCCCGCAGGCUCCCUCCAGGCUGAGUUCAGGGCCCUGUGUCCUAGUGGCCAGAGCCGGCUUCACAGGAUAAGAGCCAGCUAAGCUCCAGGGACUUUCCAGGAAAAGUGUCCCUUGAAAAGGAUGUGACCUUUUCACUGCUCCCAACAACACCCUAAAAAUGGCUUGGCCUUUUCCCUCCCCUGAGCUCCAUAGAGAACACAGCCAGCAGAGGACACAUUCUCUGUCAUCCAGAAAUGGGUUUCUCAGCCGAGGGACAGCAGGACUGGUAGAGACUGUCAGGCCACACGGCUGCCUGCAGAGCACCGCCAUGCUUGGCCAGAAGGGCGGGAGGGAUGGCGGGGGCUGGCUGUCCACAGGCCGCGCAUGUCCCGGAAGCUCACUGGAGGUGGUGCACUUUGGAGGGGCGAUGUCAGGAGACAGCUUCCUCUUGCUGGGCUACAAGACUCCACAAGCACAGCACGGGGACUGAUUCCCAGUGCUAGAGGCGAGGCAGUUGGCCACGUGUAUAUAUGUGUAUAUAUAUGUGUGUGUGUGUGUGUGUGUGUGUGUGAGAAUUUAUAGCUAUAGAACAGGGCAGGGGCAUACCACAGAGGAGGCACAAGUUUUCAGCAACUGUCACACCUGGAUGUGUCAGCUCACCACUACAACUGACUAAGUCACAGAUGAAGGGGGCUGGCUUUGGGGCUGGGGGAGCCACUGUCAAGUCACAGGACACCCACCCAGGCAGGCUUGGAAAGGGAGGUCUCUGAGAAGAGGGAUCUGUUUAGAGGUUGAAGGGGGGUCUGAGGCUCUCAGGACGGGAUGGACUUGCCUGACCCGAUCAGCUGGCAGUUGGAGAGAAAGCAGAGAGAAAACGGGUUAGAGAAAAGCCAGAGCUGGUGAGGCAAGUGCAGAGUAUGGGUGCGCUGCAGCAGCUGUGGGAGGGCCGGGCAGGGGAGGGCGUAGGUGUGGGCAUGGCAAGGUUCCUGGAAAAGAGGGGCUGGAAGGGAAAGGGGAGGAAGAUGGAGGGAGAAGCCGGAGCUUCAUAGGUAGUGCCUGGGGACUGCGGCGGCCCUCCCCACCCCACACACGCUGGCCUCUCUCAUGGCACCCAGGCAAUCCACCCAUCCACCCAUAGUUCAGACCAAUGCCAGCUCCCUCGGGCUUCCCUCUUCUCUGGUGACCCUGUCUUCCAACCCACUGGCCCAGGGCCACCUCUUGCUUGGAGAGCCCCAUCCAACAGCCACCAGACCUGAUAGAGAAGGAACACUGCCUGAACCAAAAUGGUGGAGCUAUAAGGGAUGGCUGGCUGGAGUGGUCGCCAGAGGCCCCUCUGGGCCAUCAGAAAACCCAGGGUCCUCUCAGGGACCCUAGGGAAGGCAGGGAGGGCAGGUAGGCAGAUGGCACUGGCCAUAGACAUAUAAGUCUAAGAGGGGAGCCUCAACUGGUUGGCAGGGGGCUGCAGGUUGCAUAGGUGAGGCUGGGCCUUUCCUGCUGGGAAAAGCAUAAGAGGAAGGCUAACUUUUGUGUUGUUUAGUAGAGAGUGGGUUUCACCAUGGUGGCCAGGCUGGUCUCAAACUCCUGACCUCAAAUGACCCAUCUCUGCCUCCCAAAGUUCUGGGAUUACAGGCCUGAGCCACCGCGCCCGGAUCCAAGGCCCUUAAGCUUAAAUGCCUCGUUCUUCAGUCAGGUUUUCCUUGUUCCCGCAUGUUCAGCCAAUCGUGUUUAAGGAGAAACUAACAAUGAAAACGGACUCGUUGAUGGAGGAAAAGUUGGAAUGCAGCCUCUGGUGCUGUUUGAGCGAUCCCUCUAUCCCGGGUCGCUGCUGUGUUCUGGAAAGGCGCAUUGUACCCUGGAUGCGGCAGCUUCAUCAGCAAUUGAAGUGGUUGAUAUAUGGACUCUGCAGAUUAUAUAACCUUCCUAACCACCUGGAUGUUGGCAUGCCAGAUCAAGCACUACCCAUGGGUCAGUUAAAAGCAUAUUGGCAGAGGAAGAGCCCUGGCAUUCCAGCAGGAGCUAACAGGAAAAAGAAAAUCAAUGGCAGUAGCCCUGACACAGCCACUUCUGGUGGUUACCACUCACCUGGGGAUGUUUGCACAUCUAAGGAGGAGAAGAAGCAUGAGAUACUUCGGGUACAGAAGCUUGGGAGGAGCUUGUUCAAACUCAAAAACCAGACGGCUGAACCCCUGGCCCCAGAGCCCCCAGCAGGGCCAUCUAAGGUGGAGCAGCUACAAGAUGAGACCAACCACCUACGGAAGGAGCUAGAGAGUGUGGGAAGACAGCUCCAGGCUGAGGUGGAAAACAAUCAGAUGUUGAGUCUCCUGAACAGGAGACAGGAGGAGAGGCUACGUGAACAGGAGGAGAGGCUACGUGAACAGGAGGAGAGGCUACGUGAACAGGAGGAGAGGCUACGUGAACAGGAGGAGAGGCUACGUGAACAGGAGGAGAGGCUACAUGAACAGGAGGAGAGGCUGUGUGAACAGGAGGAGAGGCUACGUGAACAGGAGGAGAGGCUGUGUGAACAGAAGCUGCCAGGGCAGGAGAGGCUGCUGGAAGAGGUGGAGAAGCUGUUAGAACAGGAGAGGCAGCAGGAGGAGCAGGAGAGGCUGCGGGAGCUGGAGAGGAUGCUGGAGCUGGGGUGGGAAGCCCUCUACGAGCAGCGGGCCGAGCCACGCAGCGGCUUCGAGGAGCUGAACAACGAGAACAAGAGCACACUGCAGCCGGAGCAGCAAGUAAAGGAGCUGAAGAAGUCGGGUGGAGCUGAAGAGCCAAGAGGCUCCGAGUCUGCAGCAGCAGCCAGACCAGUACCGAGCCCCAGUCCCACAGGAGCUUGGGUGUGCGGACAAGCAGGGUGGACUCCCCAGGAGCACCCAGGCUUGGGUGGAGAAGCUGUUGGUACAGGAGAGGCGGCAGGAGAAGCAGGAGAGGCUGCAUGCCAUUCUUUUCGGGCUGCCGAGAACAGGGAGAUAAACAUCACCAUCAUCUAAGAGCGGGUCAAGAAAUUUAAAAAAAAACAAAACAUUUAAGGGGUUAAUAUCCUACACAAUUCAUUUCCUUCAUUUGAAUGUUAGAGCCACUUAUGUUUAUUUGUGUUUCUAAUUUAUAGUUUAAAUUUAUUUGUGUUUCUAAUUUAUAGUUUAAAUUUAUUUGUGUUUCUAAUUUAUAGUUUAAAUUUAUCUGUAAAAAGUUAAAUGAGAGUGGGUCUUUCCCUCAUGUUCACUCUGGCAUCCUUUAGCAUUUUUUAAAUUUGAUAAUUAUAGGACGUUAGCAUGCAUAUCGAGUUUGCCCUUAUGUGAUGGGAGUUCAAACACACAAAGACCCACUGUAUGCACACAACUGUUCUUGCUGGUUUGGGAUAGGCUGCCAUGCUUUUUUAAUGUUAGUACAGCCUGUAUAUUCAUUACGGAAUUCAGAUAAAAUUUCCUUAUGUUCUGCUGUUAUGUUUGAUCGAAUCCUAAUCACAGUGAGCUCUUCAUUAGCUCAAUAUGUGGUUUGCCCUCAAGUGCGCGGUCUAUUACUUUGUAAUAUGCCACUGUGAGUACUGACAUUUACAGUUGUUUAAAGGUGGAGCACUGGAAACAGCCUUUCCCCCUUUUUCUGUGUAUUGGGGAUGGGAGUAAUAACAUUUUGGGGAGCUUUUUAAAUCUCCCAGAAGAGGAAAGUGGCCUGCUCUGGCAGGUGUGUGCAGGAUAGAAUAUGUUUCAUUUGUUCUGGUGCCAAGAAUGAGCACUGUACUACGGUAGUUCCCUUAGGAUUUGUAUGUGCUCUGGGCUCAUGAAGAUACUACCUCAUGAGCUGUGGCAGUUGUACUCUUUUUUGACGACCUGAAAAGGGAUUAUUUCUGAGGAAUGAAAGGCUGCCAUCAUGACUGUGGAUGUGGAAAACCUUUUCUAGCUGAGAGCAUUUAUAUCUACAAUACAUUUUAAAGUCAGAGUUCAUGUUCCCUGUUUUAAUCACAUGACUACAUGUCCCAGUACACAAAAGGGCACUGGUUGGCAUUCUCCUUAAUGUAUUUAGUAAAGAUCAGAAGAAAUCCUUUAAGAGUUUAAAUGUCCCUGGAACAGGCAUACAGGCUCUAGUCAAGAAUGAAUUCGAGUGAAGGAAAGCUGUGUGACACCUGGCAUUCCUCUAUGUUCAUGGAGCUUAUUUGAGGCUAGAAGAUGGAUUUUACCAUCUAGACCUCUCUGGCUAAUAGCUAGUCUUCAACCAUCUGACAUAGGAAUUUACUUCUUUUCCUUGAAUGGAGAACACUUUAAAAAUAAUAACAAACAUUAUUAUAAACUAAUAUAUGUAAGAGUACUUAGUUGAAACAAGAAGGAAUUUUAGUAGACAGUAUUAUACUACAUUUGAAAAUCAAGGAGCAGUUUAUGCAACGUAAAAUGUUUACAAACUGCAGCGCAAUCUACUGUUUGUGAAUGUCAAAGUCAUGAGGAAAGUGUCUAUACAAUCACGGAGUUAUAUUUCCUCACAAAGUUCUUUACGAAGAGUGAAAUAUGUUUUUAUACCUCUCAGUUUCAGUUAGAGGCAUAUUUUGUGUAAUAUUUAUGGCUUAAAAUGGACUACAGGUCCUGUUCUUGGCUUUUCUGAACUUGCCGCUUUUGCAUUCUUUGAGUUCAGUUUAAAGACACUUACUUUAACUCCAUUUUAAACCCUCGGGCUAGAAAUCGUACCACUGUUAAUUAACCACGUUAUUUGGUCUAACAGUUUUUGUUUAUCAUUCUGAAACUGAGCUUAUCUAAUACAUUGAUAAAUUAUUUCAAAGGUAUUUUUAUACUUCAAAUCGCUUCACUUUUACCCUGACACGUAUAAAUGACUAGGAAUGACCUUCAGAUAGCGUUUAGCAUCUGUAACCAAUCUGACAAUAAUGUGUUCAUCAGGUACCUGUGGAUUAAAUCACAUACUGGCAUAUUUAAGAUGAAUGUCAGUCUGAAAAAUAAAUAUACUAUAUUAAUUCAAAUACGACUCUUUGUGUAGGUAUUUUGUCAUAUGUUUAAGAAAAAGCUAAAGAGAAUGGAAAUCCUAUGACAAUAACUCAAGUCUUUCUUCAAAGUGCAUGCAGUCUUUUGCAGUACCUCAUUCAGCCAAGUAUUUGUUCUCUACCUCAUUCAGUAUAAGGCAGCCUUUAAUUUGCUUAGAAGGCAACAUUAGAAGGUUAGAAUUCAGCAGGAACGUAGAAUUUUAAAAUGUGACUUCAACUGAAUAAAUUUGAAUUUCCGUAGGGAGUAAAGAAUCAAAACACCUAUUUAAAGACUGCAAAAUAUGAUAAUUAUUUUUAAAGUAAUUGAUUAAACCUGGUAGGUUUUCCCAAAAUGAAAAACAAUCAGUUCUAAAACCAAAGCUGAUUUUUAGAAAAUGUGAAAAUGUAAGUCAACCCUAUCCAUAAUAGAUUCUCUAAAACUUUAUCUUAGUCACUUUCAAAUAACUAUUCAAAAAUGUAACUGCUAUAUUAACGUCUUAAAAUAAUUUAAAACAUUUUAAAAUAUGAAUACUGUAGUUUAAAACAAAGAAUCUAGGGGAAGGAAAAGUAGACAAAGAAAUGCCAAUUCCAGUCCAAAGCUGUGUUUGCCAAGUUUUCUUAGAAUGACUUUUACCGAUCUAUGAAUUCUUAUACACAUAAUGCAUAAUGGAAAUACUGAUUUUUGUCUAAAGUGGCAUUAUUGACUGCUUCUGUGAUGCUACUAUAAUGUAAUACAUUAUUAAAUUGUUUCAAGGUGC